UCAUAAACCACGUGACCAGCACAUAAUUCAGCUGUCAGCUGAUUUGGUGCCCGGACUGGACGUGUUUUACAAAAACUUACCAAGAAGUUCAGGUUUAACAGAUCGUGAUGCGGGGCCCCGGCCUAUGGUUGGUCGUGUGGCUGACCGCUGCUGUUCUCUCCUCCUCCCUAGGCCAGACUUGUAAUGGGUCGAUGCUUCCUUGGCGUACCGCCGAUGGAACCGACCCUAUCAAGAUGGCGCGAGGAAACGUGACAGUGGUGGCGCUGCUGUUGGCCAGUUGACCAAUGUGUCAACAACAAGCAGAAGGCCUGGAAACAUUAAGAAAAGCAUUCCAUAAUGGAGGCCAAAAAGACAUUUCAUUUAUCAUUGUUAACCAUGUUAGAGCAAAGGACUUUAUUGACGAACUCAAGAGACGUGUGUCUUUCCCUGUGUACCAGGAUGAGCCCACCUUAAUGAUACAACAAAAACUUAAUGGUGGAAUCGAUGAUCUAUUUAUAUAUGACAGGUGUGGUACACUUGUGCAUCAUUUGAGAAAACCAGACAGCCUCAUAACAACAGGGACCAUGCAAAGUAAAAUUUUGUCAACAUACCUGGACAAUCCAUGCAACUGUAGUGUCAAUUCUAAGGCCAAAGUCGUAACAAAAGUACAUACAACUGAACAAAGAACUAAUGUACAGAGGACCUCUUUUUCCUCUGUCAUUCGCCGACGCAGGCAUGCAAUUAGAAACAGAGGUUCAUCUCUUGUAUCAAUGAACAGUGUUGCCUUACGCGGCGGCCGUGUUCCAAAAUGAACAACGCACAGGUGAACAGCGAUGCGUCGCAACCGUGCCUUGCGUAAUUUAUUGGUACAAAGGUUAUGAAAAUUUAUAAAGAAAUAUCGGUCUAGUUACGAGCCCCAACACUCUUGUAUCUGUCCCCAUCCAUCUUCAGCCCUGAAAGAAGAGUGUGCUUGAUACAGUUAUGGUAGUUCUGAUGCAAUUAGCUUCUGAUCUUGUCAAGAACGCAGUUCAACUGUUUACAGUGAAUGUCUCUGUUACAAUUGUCCUGCAUUCCGUAGACGUCACCGACAGCAGUUCUUGGCUGAUAAUACCAACUGAGAACUGCUGUCGAGCUGACAUUGUAACCAAGAGAAAGGACUGUCAUCCACAGACUGCUCUUGACAACAUCAGCUUACUGCAUUAGCACGAUCACCAAUGUGACACUGUCACCUUGAAGCAGACGAUUCUUUGGAAGACUGUCAGUGACAGGGGUCUAGAGGAUCCUGAUCCUGACAGGAAGAGGGUUCCAACAUUCAGUGACAGUGACCGUCAGAGGGCGCUUCCUGUCUCUGACAGAGUGGAUCACCCACUUGACAAUGACAUCAACUACCAUCAAACAAUAUCUCCUGACAGUGACAAAGCAAUCCAGGGGAAAUAGGCUCUCAGACCUGACAGUGACAUCACGGGGAAGGUGAUUGUCUUUGACAAUGUCAACAGUCACACCUGGGUGAUGUCUCCUGACAGUGACCCAUGGGAAAUACAGUUGACGCAUAUGUCAGUUGUACCAAUCCUAAUGCAUUGACUGGAAGGUGACAGUGACCAAUGCAGACUAGUGUUAAUCGUAACUGACAAUGACAUAGUGGACGAUCGAAUGAAAAUUCUUGAUCGUGACAACAUAGCGCAGGGUCUUGACAAUGACAACAACUGGACAGCCAAAAUCUCUCCUGACAGUGUUUAGAUCAACAGGAGACAGAAACCUGAUCGUGACAAUCCUCCCUAGACUCCACUGACAAUUCUGACUGACAGUGACAUUCUGUGAGCGGAGCUUGACAAUGACAAACUCAGACAUCUAGCGGCAUUGUCUGACAAGAGAGAGAUGGUCGAUCUUGACAGUGACACCCUAUGUGACAAUGACAGGCCGGUUCCUGACAGUGUCGACCAGGAACAUCUGAUAGGGCGCCCUGUCUCUGACAGCGCCAGACCUGACAGUGACAGUACUAGAUUUCCUUUGAUGGUUGCUUUGCAUUGGAGGUCAUGUUUGAUGUUGUAGUUUUUGUGAAUCUUCGAAAAGACUAUCAUCCUUUGUACUAAUCCCAGGAACGAGAAUUAACAUGUAUAUCUUAUAUGCUGUGUAAUUCAUCUUUCUUUAAUGAGUGUUAUCAAAAUGUUAUGCAUUGAAUCCGUUUCCUCCUCUGUAUAUGAGAACUUCCAGAUAAAACCCAAAAGGUCUCUGUAAGUUUGAUCAGAUCAGAGGAAGGACGUGAUUCAAGCUAAUUUUGAUAACGCUGAAUAAAUGGCUGUGUUUUACAACUCAGGUGUAAACUUUUUAAAUUAAUGUACUCUAUUUGAAAAAGUAGCAUUCAAAAGUUUUUAUUGUAUUUUAAAAAUUUUUUCUGGUAUUUUUUUUAUGAAAGUGUAUAACAAAUUUGGGUAAACUUCUUUUGUAAAAACAAAAUCCAAAACAAUCUAUGUAUGAAUUAUUCUUAUUGUAAAACUUUUAGAACUGUUCUGCGUCAUAUUCUUUAGCAGUGAAAUGUUUUGAAAUUUUUUAAAAAAGAUUACUUGGUUAAUGUAAUAUUUGACAUUGAUAUGUUAUUACUUAAAACUAUAUCAUUUGAGAAAAUGUUGCUAGUAUGAACUGAAUGCAAGCUGAAUGAGGUGAAAUCUAUCCGUGUAGAAUAUGCUUUGGUUGUCUAUGAAGGGCCAUUCCUAAACUUUAAAGAGAGGGGUGGGCCAGAAAUUUAGAGAUUUACAUCAUAUUCCACAUUGAUAUUGUUUCCAGAGAGAAAGGCUACCAUUUUUAAUUUUAAUAAGACACUGUAUUUGUUAACAUUGAAAAAUAAAACAAAAACUGGAUACCUCAA